AUGCGUCUUCAUGCCAUCGGACCACUAGGUGCUGGUGUUGCAGCAGCAGCACCAACCACUAAACAGCACAAAUUGAGUGUCACCGAUGUAUCAGUGAUAGGCACGCAAGAAAACCUUUUUCCUUAUCUUGGAGGCUCUGCACCAUAUUUCUCUUAUCCUAUCACGUACGGAGUUCAAAGUGAAAUUCCUGAACAGUGCACGUUGCAACAAAUUCAGUUGUUAGCCAGACACGGUGAAAGGUAUCCAACGAAGAAUAUAGGGUCUAAAAUUUUGGAUACGUACCACAAAUUAUGCAACUUCUCAUCAGACUUCGAGGGGUCGCUCUCAUUCUUGAACAGGAACUAUGAGUUCUUUUUGCCCGAAGCCAAGAAUUUUGAGGAGUUGACCACAUGGGAUAACACCUUGGAUCCCAUUAACCCCUACACAGGUGAAUGGGGUGCGCAAAAGCAUGCGCGAGAGUUUUUGAAUCAAUACAGGGAGCUACUCGAAAACAAGACAUCUUUCCCUAUAUUCACAUCAAAUUCAAAAAGAGUAUACGAUACUGCAAAAAUAUUUGCAGAGGCGCUCGGAGAUAAAUUCAAUGUCAGUUUGCAGAUCAUCGAUGAGGAUCCAGUUUCAGGCGCGAACACGCUGACUCCAAAUAAAUCGUGCACAGUUUAUAACGUAACAGAGAACAUCGAUGUGCAUUCCAAGUUUCCUGACCAGUAUCUGUCCAAUAUUGCCAGAAGACUAAAUGUCCCUAAUAAUGGACUGGACUUGACACGGGCCGAUGCUGAAAACCUGUUUUUCUGGUGUGCUUACGAGAUAAACGUAAAGGGUUACAGCAACAUGUGCAACGUUUUCACGCCUGAGGAGCUGGCGUAUUUUUCUUACAGCGACGACAUGAUCAGUUAUUACCACCACGGCCCUGGAAACCGGCUGGGUCCUGUGGUGGGAUCCGUCAGUUUCAACGCCUCAUUGGAGUUGCUAAGGCAACACGAGAGUUUAGACGUUAAGGCAUGGUUGAGCUUCACUCACGACUCGAAUAUCAUAAACUACUUAUCCUCCAUAGGCAUCCUUAAUCCUACUCAUGCGCUUCCCGCAGACUACAUCCAGUUCACGAACCACGUUUACCACAAAUCUUGGAUGGCUCCACAGGGUGCUCGAAUAUACACACAACUGUACCACUGCAGUGAUAACUUCUACGUGAGGUACGUAAUCAACGAUGCUGUUAUUCCCAUUGAAAGCUGUUCUAAUGGGCCUGGGUUAUCGUGCGAGCUCGAAGAUUUCAUUGAGUUCGCCCAAGCCAGGAUGAACGGUUCUGACUAUAUUACUGCCUGCGAUAUCGCAUCUUCCAGUAAUCACAAAUAUCUAACCUUCUUCUGGGACUACGAGAGCAAGCAUUACAAUGCCAGUUUAAUACAUAAAUGA